GUGUGUGUGUUUGGAGUGUGUGUCUUUAAGGCAUUUUAUUUUUAAGCAGUCGGCAAAAGGGGCAGCAAAUGUGAAGUGGAAAAUAUUCAAUUUAAUUAAAAAUAGCCGACAAAGCCGACUGCAUAUAACCGAAAAUAAAAGAAAACCAAAGAAAUUGAGAGGUGAAAAAACGGGAAAUUAACUUUGCCACCAAAAAUUGUGAAAAUGAAAGCGAAACCCAAAACAAAGCUAAUGCUGGAGCAGUUGCUUCUCAUUGGAUUCUGCCUGAGUGUGGUAAAUGCUCAGCCAACCAACAGCAUUGGCAGUAGCAGCGGCUCCUCCUAUGGUUAUGGCGCCUCAUUCAUUUCCAAUCCGGCCAUUUAUGCCUAUACCGUGGGCAAUCAGCAGCAACAACAGCAGCAGCAGCUAAAGGAUGCUGCCCCACCAGCCAUGGGGGACAUCAAUUUUGCCACAGCAAACUCAAAUUUCAAUUCCAAUGCGAAUGCGAAUGGUAAUUAUCGCUUCUCUGGCUCAGGCACCGGUUCGGGCUCCGUUUCGGACACUGACUAUGCAUCGUCCUCCUUAUCGUCAAAUCGUAAUUACUACUACACCAACAACAACAACAACAACAAUGAUGUAGAGGAAACUGAUACAGUUUCGGCCACGCCUACACUUAGCACGCCUCCAGCUGCAACACAACCAGCACCUCUUACCGGCUGCACAUUGGACCGUUUGGCUGUUUAUAAGGUGGUCUUGCACACAUAUUGGACACGUGAGCUCUUUCCCAAACACUAUCCAGAUUGGCGACCCACAGCCCAAUGGACCAAAACUUUGGGUCGUACCCACAAUGCGAACUAUGCUCUCUACCACAUUGGACAGCCAGCGACGUUGGGUGUUAAACAAUUCACCGAGACGGGUAAAACGGAUCUACUGGACAGCAUUGCUGGCGAACAGCAACAACAGCAAAUGCAGACCCAGAGCCAGAGCCAGACUAAGACACAGACCCAGACACAGAGCCAAAAUCAGAAUCAGGGGCAGACGAGCAGCAGCCGCAACGGCAAAUCGCCGACAGCUGCGGAACGUAGCGUGUUCGAUGAGUUUAGCAUGCCGGCUAUUCAGUUGGGCUCUGGACGCAGUGAGGCGAAAGUGUUUGUCGACAGCAAUCACAGUUUGGUCUCGCUAAUGACACGCAUUGUCCCAUCACCAGAUUGGUUCAUUGGCGUUGAUUCGUUUGAGCUAUGUGUGGGUGGCACUUGGAUUGAUACAAUUACCGUUGAGUUGGAUCCUCUUGAUGCGGGCACGGAUAAUGGUUUCACCUUCACGGCACCAAAUUGGCCAACGGCACCGCAAGGUGUCAUCUAUAGGAUUACCUCACGAUAUCCAGGCCAUCCGGCCGGCAGUUUCUAUUAUCCCAAAAGCAAACGAUUGCCGCCCAUUGCCACGUUCCAGUUUAUCAAGCUAAAGGAAUACGAACUUAGCGAGGUAUUCAACAUUGCUGAGGAUGAUCGCAAGUAUGAAAUGGUACAAACACAGACCCAUCUGGAUGCAGAGCACAAUCAUGUAGAGAUGAACAAUGAGCUCUCGGCCAGCAUUGAAAGGGAGCGACAAACGGAACAGCAGCAACAACAACAACAACAACAACAACAACAAUACAAUGAUGAGAGACAACGAAUUCGUUCACAGCUGUUGGCCAAAAUGAAUCCCAUCUACAACAACAGCCAACAGCAAGCACCUCAGGUGGUCAAUGUGGUGCCAAAGAACGAUAAACAAGCACUUAUGCAGAGCAUUGCCAGCAGCUACAUUAGACGUACUAGCAACUCGGCUGCUAGCAACAAUAUCAACACAACCCUAAUGGCAUCCAAUACGAAAAUAUCCUCCUCCUCCCUUAUGGGCAACUUUUCCACUGCCAAUUCAUCGCAGCAACAACAACAACAACAGCGACGUCGAGCACAACGGCGGCAACGCGACUGCCGUGUCAGCCAUUGGUCGGAAUGGACGGCCUGCAGCAAGACCUGCGGCAUUGGGGAGAUGCAUCGAUAUCGCAAAGUCAUCAAGCAUGGUAAACGCGGCGGUCGGCCAUGUCCGGCGUUGCAGCAAUCGAAAUGGUGCGGCACCGAGCGCAACUGUCACGGGCCGCAGAGCUAUUUUAAUUGGUCCGACUCUGACACAUGAACGAGCGAGACGAGUAUUGAUGCCGAUGCCAUAUAUAUAUAAUUUUAAUUUAAGGCGUAAGAAUUGCUUUGCACACACACAAACACACACACACACACACACAAAUCGCAUCCGAAGAAGCUCAGCCCCCAAAUGAGAUUUUAAUUUAAAUUUAGAUUACUAUUAAAAUGAAAAAAUUGAUUUUAAACAUGAAAAGACGCAUGCUGAAAAUGGAAGGAAAUGAAAAGCAAAAUGUGUGUUUAUGAAAUUGCAUAUGAAACAGAAGACUACUGACAAUAUUAAAAGAAGAAAACAAAAAAAAACAAAUGAGAAAACAUAAAAAACAAGGAAAAUCCAAAAAAUGUUUACUCAAAUAUUUGGCUGACAAAACUCUAAAGAAUUGAAAAAUCAAGCAAAAUUAUACACAAAUUAUUCCAAUAAUAAUUUCACCCAUUUCAGUUUUGAUUAUUGCUUAUCAUUUUGCUUAAGAAAUUUUCAUUCAAUGAAUAUGUAAAACCAAAAACAGGAGAAAGAGGAAGAGGAAAGGGAACCGCAGUUCCCUUCUAUACCAAAUCACAGUAGACGUACAAAAGUUAAGAGCAUGCAAGUAUAGUAAAAGCAAAUCAAAGUAUAAUUAACAAGCGUGAACAUUUGCAUAACCAAACAAGGAAUCCAGAAACCAAAAACCAAAAACCAAAUAAAACACUUUAAACUAUUAUUACAAA